AGACAUGUUCACAUGUUGCAGCAAUCCUUUUCAAGGUAGAGGCAUUCAACAGGCUUGAACUGGGAAAAAGUAGUUGCACAUCGUUGCCAUGCGUUUGGAAUCAAACCUUCACAAAGAAUGUCAAACCUGCUCGAGCAGAUGAUAUCAAAUUCUUCAAGCCACGACAUCAAAAGUCUACUUCUGUAACAGCCACAGGGUCGCAAAGUGGAUCUUCCGGAGUAGUGUGUGAACUUGACCAGCCUCAGUUAGACAAAAAGAAGUUUCUUGAUGCUUUAUUUGCUUGCUCUCCAAACUCUGCUAUAUUCUCAGUAAUGUAUGGAUACAUAGACAUGUCACUUGUUGCUGUGGAGGCAGAUACUGAAGUAAACCUUCCCAUGCAAUUAUUCAAUUUGUACCAGCCUAGUUACUCGCAGUUACCACUAACUGACUUGUCACAGGUAGUCGCAACUACUUUUAAUAAAUAUCUGAGGGUAACGCAAGCAGAAUGUGACUUUCUAGAGAGCUCAACAAGGGGUCAGUCUUCUUCCUACUUAUGGCACGAUUAUAGGAGAGGUCUCAUCACCUCAUCACACUUUCACUCAGUGCUGCAUCAUACUGGUAGAGCUUAUCCUACAUCAAUUGUGCAAACAAUAAUGCAAUACAAAAGUCUCAGUUCUUAUAUUCCUUCUUUAAAGUGGGGUAGAGAACAUGAAGAUAUUGCUCGCAAAGAAUAUGCUAAAUACAUGAUAACUCAUGCUUCCUUUACCGUACAGGAGUCUGGACUAGUUAUUAAUGCAUCUUACCCAUUCAUUGGAGCAAGAAGUCCCGACGGAAUAGUUAACUGCAUAAUAAACUGUUGUGGUGAUUAGGCAGUUUAUCCGUUCCCUUGCGUAUUACUGGCAGCCCAAAAUGCAGGGAUGAGAAUUAUUAUACCUCCCUGACAUGGCUGAUAAUCACCAACAUUAUGCACACAAUUAUGCACACAAUCACACUCAUGGAGUUCUUAUUUU